AUGGUUUCCUUUAAAUUCUCACUCAUCUUCCUCCUCUCCGCGGCUUCAUUGACCUGCUGGUCUGCGGUGGCACCCGAUUCGAGCAGGCGACAUUCUGAGUCGAGAAUGCCCACUUGGUUAAACGACAGGUGGCGUAUGGUGUUGAAAAUAACAAAGUGUCAAAUAGAAGAGAAAAGAAGAAAGUUGGCAAUGGCGGCGUCAGGCAAGAUGGAAGCCAUACGAGGAGAUGUGGUAAUUACCGAGGUGCGUGUCUCCCUGGCGGUCACGGUGGCUACCGAGGAUAACAAGAAUGCGAUGAAAGGGAUUGCCACUUGUGAGCAGAGCACGCCUUUCUCCCCAUGCCUUCAGCGCAUUUGUCGAUGUGGAAGUAGAUGUCUCCGAAGGACCAUUAUGAAAGCAAGCCUGCAUUGAAUGUUGGAUCUGUUUGCUUUCGUGUAUAAAUGAAAUCACCUAUUUGCAUCGACCUGU